AUGAAGCAACCGUCCAACAAUGAAAUUCUUUCCUUGCCCCAGAGAGGGAGACGACGAGUUGGUAGGGACACUGCUAGUAGUGACGGGGAGGAGUCGGAGGAUAACGGGGAGCAGAGUGGGUACGACAGCGCGGAAGAAUCUGGUGAGAGCGGAAAAAGCGAGAGCAGCGUACAUAUGGACAGCCAAGACGAAGCGAUAGCGCAGAACGUAGCCCUGCCCUAUGACAAGCAGAAAAUACAGGAUGGCCAACUCGAAAAGACGUACCACUACGAAUACCUGGACCACCCAGCCGAUGUUAUCCUACACAGUUACGGAAAGACCCUAAGCGAGUGCUUCGAGUCUGCAUGCGUGUCAAUGUUUAAUUACAUGUGUAACUUAGACAAAGUGGAGCCAACAUUAUCAAGGCACAUAACAGCUAGCGGGGAGAGCCUGGAAGACCUACUAUACAAUUUCUUAACAGAAUGCCACUUCCUGUAUGGCAGUGAAUAUAUCAUUUGUAAAAAUGUGGACAUUUCAGUAUUCGAUCAGAGGUCCUUUUUCAUCGAGGCCUGUGCUUAUGGUGAUAUAUUUUCGCCUGAUGUGCACGAAUGUGGCACAGAGAUAAAGGCUAUUACAAAACAUGAGCUAAGAAUUUGCUUGACGGAGGACCUCUGGGAGGCCUUUGUCCUGGUCGACAUAUGA